GCCUGUGCCAGCGGAAGUUCCAGAGCGGGGAGCUGGCCCCUCGGGCCGCAGUGGACCCCACCCGUCACCCUGUGGCCGCUCCAUCCGCGGCGGCUCGCGUUCCCCCCAGCGCUGACCGCCUUCCCGUGUGCCCGGCCCUGCGGCGAACCCCAGGGUGCCCCCGGCUUCCAGCGUGUGUCCUGAGCCCUUCUCUCCCGGCCGCGCACUCGCCCCGGAGAGGGCGGGCACAGCUGUGGACAAGCAGUCUGCUAGUGCUAGAGAUGGACGGCAGGAAGCUGGCCCCUCAGGGCAAGAAGCUGGAGUUGCAGGUCUCCCAAGAGCACAGGCGGCCCCCACUGUGUCCUACAGCAGCCUCUUGCCCGCCCAGUACCCAGAGCAGCGCUCAGCAGGGACUGCAGACUCAGGACUGGGUGAGCGAGCCGCCGGAGCGCAGGUGCCCGGGCCGCCACUGGAGUGUCAGCAUUGAUGAGCGCCGGCGGCUGGCCAUGCUGGGCGGCUGGGAGAGGCUGGGCGCCGCCGGGGGCCCACACCACUGCAGGGACAUCGUGCAGAUUGUGGCCCAGCUGGUGUCGGAGGACGUGGACAAGGAUGUGCUCUUUCCCCACCCGACAUGGUCCAGUGAGUCCACCAAUGCCUUCCAGACCUUUCUGGCCCGGAGUGCCCCUUUCUGGCAUAAUGUGACUUUCAAGGCCCAGGCCUCAAGGUCACCCCACUCCUAAGAGCCUGACUCAGACCAAUGUCUGUCUGCUAGUGCCUUUCCUUGGGGGCCCUGAGUUGGGGUGGCCUCUGCACCUUCUUCGUGCCCCAGCAGGGGGUCAAAACCAUCUACAAUGGUAAAACAGGCCUGGCAGGACCUGGCUCCAGACAGCCUGCAGCUCCUGAGGCCUUGGGGACCAGGCCAGGGGCCAUGGGAGGCCACCUAGGGGAAGGUUGCACUGCCCCAGCUCAGUCUAGGGGGGCCCUGGCAAGGCCUGGGUGGCAGGAGCUUGCCCUCUGGGCUGCUGGGAGGAGGCCUCAGGGCACCUCGGCCUGCCUGGGGUGCACUGGUGUCCCAGGAGACCCCACUGGCAGGCGCUGCCUAGAGACUCAGCUCCUUUGCUGGCCUGAUCUGGGGAACUGGGCACUUGCCUGCACCAGGCUGUGAGAUGGGCCAGGCAGAGUUCUCCAGGGGCAGGGUCUCACAGUGGUUCCUGCCUCUGAAGACCCAGCAGGGCACAUGGGCCCCCAGAGGUGCUGUGGUGGGAAGCAGCAAGCCUGGGGGUCCAACGUGGUACCCGGCACAGAGGGAGGCUUUGUGGAGACGGAGAUGCCCUCUGGCCUCUGGAUGGUGGUGAGGGUGGUGGACAAGGGCCAAGAGGGCAGCCUGCAUAGGAGGGCUGGGCAACUGUGAGGAGCCAGCUUGAGCAGGGGCCUAUGGGCUGUGGCCCUCAGGGUGACUCCCUUGUUUACAGGCCGUAGGGUCCUCAGGAGGGUCCUGAGCUGGGGUGUGUGUCGCAGCUGCAUUUUGGGGACACUGAGUUGCAGGGGGACUGCUUUGGGAAGCAGGGCAGGAGGGCUGUGAGCAUGGGUUCCCAGCCUGGGGUGGGUGGGAGUGGGGAAAGGGCCCUGGACCCUUGACUGUUAGGGGCCUGACUGGGCUUCUGUGGAGGUGGCUGGGUGGAAGAGGCUUCGGGGCAAGCAGAGGUGAUCACUCCUGAGCCCCAGGUGAGGGCAGGAGCCAGGCCCAUGCGGCAGCCUGGACAGCACAUGCUGGCUGUGCUGUCCACCUGGACCCCACCCCCACUUCCUGCUGCUGAGAAGCCACCUAACUGCUCUGCCAGCCCUGCUUCCCUGACACUGGACCCCUGGCCUGACCUGAAUCCUCUGCACCUGCCUGUCUCCCCUUCUUACUGUAAGACUCAGUGAAAUUCCCUCCUCCUUCAGGAAACCUUCCAAGAUGACACAGCCAGGUGUCCCCCUUCUCUCCUGAGUCCUCUGAAUGUCAUUUGGUGCACCCUAGGGAUCCUCUGCAUUUCUCAGGAGCCCUAGGGUGCAUGGAUGGAGGGCAGACUCUCCAGGGGUGACGGCAGGUGUCCUUAAGGAUGUGGGAGAGUUUUAGGCAGGGCAUUGGGGCCAUCAUGACCCCCUCUCUGAGGCCCCUGAUGAUGAAGUGGGGAAUGGGGUUCCAUGGACCGAGCUCUGUGGCAGGCAGGAAGAUGUGGGUGAGCCCUGCACCCUGAGGCAUAAGCACGGCAGAGUGGAGCUGACAGGUAAGCAGUUGCCAUGGGGGUGACGAGCUGGGCCAUCCUCUGUUGCUGAGUGGCUUUAAAGGAUCCUGGUUGUUAUGGCUGUGAUGUGGGGGUGGGCUGGGAUCAUCCCACCAGCUCUCCUGCUGUCGUUUGGGCGUCUCCUGAGGCUGCUGGGGACGCUGGGGAGGCUGACCUUUCUGCUCCAUGAGAUCUCCCUGCAGAGCACCUUCCCCAGGCAGCAGCAGAGGCAAAGCCCUGGCCUCCUUCAGGCUGAGACGCAGAGCCGGCCUCCUGGUGGAUAAGGUGGCCACAGGGCCAGCCAGCGGCAGGGGUCCUGGCACUGAGAGGCACAGGCCUCUCCCACAGAGGUGGUGCUGGGACGGGGCAGCGCCUGCAGACUGCUUGGCUUGUCACAACUGGGAUCUGUGUACUAGUUUUCUGUAGCUGCCAUAAAAAUUGCCACACAUGC